AUGCUGGAGUCCCCCGGCCGAAUAUGGGAAGAACCAGAUGGUCCGACGGCACGCAACCUGGCCGACCUCUGUUCCUCGCUUCCGUUCGGGGAAAGCCUGCUGAACCUCGACUACCCCAUGUCUCUCCUCCAAAGUCGCUCGUGUCUUCAGGCGCUGGCCGACUUGUUCGCCUGCCCGGAGCUGUUCGCGGAGAUCGGCUCGUCAACUCGCGCGUCGGAGCGAAUGCUACGCGCGCUACGCUGGUACCUGGCCGGUAUGUACUACGUCAAGCGAGGCGACGACGUCACCAAGCCGCUGGAGCCGGUGUUGGGAGAGACGCACCGCUGCUCGUGGCACCUGCGCUGUGGUCAGAGCAUGGGGGACCUGCAGUACGCCGCGGAACAGGUGUCCGUCAGCCCACCGCAAACGUGUUUGUACGCGGAGUGCUCGUCCAACGGCAUACGAGCUUUGGCACAAAUUAAGCCCGAGGCGUUUAGCGUCGGGUCGUACGUACAGGUUCGGCUACACGGCAACCUCAGCGUCUACAUCCGCCAGUAUUCGGAGGAAUACGUGUUCGAGUUGCCUCCCGGAUGCGUACGAGACCUUGCGAGCAAGCCUUGGUUCGAGUUCUGCGGCGUCGCGAAUGUCAGUUGUCGCCAGACGGGCUAUUACGCCAAGAUGAAGUUUAUAUCUAAGGCUCCCACGCCAGACAGUCAGAGACACAGCAUACAAGUCGACGUGUACAACCCCAUCUUGAACCGGCCCUUCGUGCGGCUGCACGGACGCUGGAUAGACAACGUGAUGGCCUCCUGGGCAUCUGGGGAGGCAAAGGAAAUACUGCACUCAAGGUUACUGAAACAGGCUCGGCGGGAACCUACCGUCAUCACAGAAGACAAUCCCAAAUGCUCUACUGUGUCAGUGGUUAUUGCAAUCGAAGACAUGAGCAUUGAAGUUCCCACUUUAGGAAUGGCAUGGCGAAGCAUUACCGAAAUGCUGCACCGCCGAAAGUUUGAGGAAGCCUACAAUCGAAGGCUUCAUCUGCUGAAGUCAUCGGCUGAUCCAAACUACCAGCCCACGCUAUUCAAGAAAGAAGGAGAGACCUUCGGCUACAAAAAUGACUUGAAAAAGAGAUCCGAGAAGAUUCAGUAG